UAGGGCAACCAUUACUUUAUACAUCUACAAAACACAAAACACACAUUUCCUCAAACCAUACUCUAACAUAAGUUGAAUUGUUACUUUAUUUGUAUUAUCAUUUCCAUUUAUACAUCUACAAAACACACAUUUUAUCAAACCUCAAACUAUACUCUAACGUAGGUUGAAUUGUUACAUUAUUUGUAUCAUCAUUUCCAAAUUAAAAAUGAACGUAGCAGUUGUGAACAGCGCCACCGUGACGGAUUUCGUGAACGACACAACAAAUUUCGACAAUUUUGUGAACGAAUCGUUUGCAAUGGUAGACACAAAUGGUGACGGUAACCUUUCGCGCGACGAAAUUCGUGGUGGAUUUGGUACGUUUAUGCCAUUAGGUUCAUAUUCACAGUCACAAGAAGAGGUUAAUAGCGUGUUGGAAUUGAUAUUCACGAGAUUUGAUGAAGAUCAUAAUGAUUUACUUGAUUUAAACGAGUUUAAGUCGUUAAUGACCGAGAUUAUGAACGCCGUUGCUCGUGGAAUUGGUGGUUCUCCUAUUAUUGUUGCUCUUGAAAAAGAUAGCUUGCUUAUGAAGGCUGUUCAACGUGAAUUGGCAACACAAUCAUAUCCCGAAUUGGCAACACAAUCAUAUCCUUCAUGAAUUAAUUAUUUUUUUUUUUAUUUCUUUGCUUAUUUAGCAUUAAUUGAUGUCUUAAUUUGUGUUAUUUCUUGUACAUCAAAAAAAAAAAUUG